UUCGCCAAUGUCUUCAUUGCUAUCGUCGGAGCUGGUGUCCUUGGUCUUCCUUACGCCUUCAAACGUACAGGAUGGCUCAUGGGUUUGCUUACACUCUUCUCCGUCGCUGCUUUGAUCAACCAUUGUAUGAUGCUUCUUGUUCAUAUCCGUCGUAAGCUUGGUGUCUCCAAUAUCGCUUCUUUUGGUGACCUUGGCUUCGCUGUAUGUGGUAACGUUGGGAGGUUCGUCGUUGACGUUCUUAUCAUUUUGUCUCAGGCUGGGUUUUGUGUUGGUUACCUUAUCUUUAUUGGUAAUACUUUAGCUAAUCUCUUUAACUCAACCGACACUACGACUCUGAGUUUGAGUUUGAGUCUGAGGCAUUUGAUGGGUGUGUCUCCUAAGAGUCUCUAUAUAUGGGGAUGUUUCCCGUUUCAGCUUGGUUUGAAUUCUAUCAAGACGCUCACUCACUUGGCUCCUCUUAGCAUAUUCGCUGAUGUGGUUGAUUUGGGUGCAAUGGCUGUGGUCAUUGUGGAGGAUGUGAAGAUUACAAUGCAGCAAAGGCCUCAAGUUGUAGCCUUUGGUGGCAUG